AACUGGCUCCCUCGUGAACCCCUAACAAGCAUCAUUUUGGUCCCUAUCUCAGCUCUGGACGACGAUGGCCGUGUAGUGUGCGCCAGAGUCAAGAGCCCAGUGGAGAACGAUGGCCGUGAGACUGUUUGAUGCACACUGCCACCUCCAAGACCCGCGAAUCCUCAACAAGGUUCCGCAACUUAUCGCCACUUCCCUUGAUACUGGCGUAGUUCGUUUCGCUGUUAAUGGAGUCUGCGAGCGAGAUUGGCAUCUGGUUAAAGAGAUGGGUGAUCUGUAUCCUUCUGUGAUUCCCUGCUUUGGUCUCCAUCCCUGGUUUAUUUCAGAGAGGAAUCCCAACUGGUUCAACAUGCUCAAAGAAUUGUUUGAGACCACUCCCUCUGCUGCUGUUGGAGAGAUUGGUUUGGAUAAAGGUUAUCAUGGAAAGAAGAUUGAUUUCACAGACCAGGUUGAAGUAUUUCGGCAACAGCUUCAACUUGCUAAAGAAUUAAAUAGACCAGCAUCCGUUCAUUGUGUUCGCGCAUAUGGUGAUCUUCUUGAGACAAUGAAAAGCAUGGGACCUUUCCCUGCGGGUGUCAUUCUUCAUUCUUACUUAGGUUCUGCUGAGAUGGUUCCUGAAUUUGCCAAGCUUGGUGCAUACUUCUCUUUCUCAGGCUUCCUUAUGUCCAUGAAAGUGCAGAAGGCUAAACGCAUGCUGAAAGCAGUAUCUUCUGAUAGAAUUUUACUGGAGACAGAUGCCCCUGAUGCGUUGCCAAAUUCAGAUUUAGAUUCUCUAUUCUUGGUUGAUGGUGAUAAACAUACCCCUGAGAGGACUCAAGCCCAAGGAGAAAACUCUGCUUCAAACACUGCCACACUUUCUGACGAUCAUUCCCAUGCUUCAACAGAUGCAUCAUCACUACCAAAAGAAACUCUUAAUCAUCCAGCAAAUAUCCACAACGUGCUGAGUUAUGUUGCAUCUUUGCUGGACAUGCCCAAAGAAGCACUUGCAGAACUGAGUUAUAGAAAUGCAGUACGCAUAUUCUCUUACGAAGGUUCGAAGGUAUCCGAAAGCUAGUUAUCAGGAAAAGAAUUGCUAUGCGUGUUUGUCAUUAAUUUCCUGAUACUACAAUUCCACAAGAAACAAUGUAUAUGAUGUUGAAAUGUUUGCCCUGGCUUCUUAGUUUGGAGAUAUUAAUGUUGUAUUGAGCAAUGUAUAUUUGGUUUUUCACCAUCUGUAAGGUUGCAUCCUUCAUUUCACCAACUUGAUAUGGCUGCCUGUGCUUAUGGGUCUUUCAGUGUGCUUGUGGAAUAAUCGCAAUCCUUCAUCCCCAUUGCGUUAGUUUUGUAUAAUCAUAUAAAUAUUGAAUUAAAAAUUGUUUAUUUUCUA